AUGCGAGAGGAGCGUGAAGCUGAAAGACUCCAAUCACGAAGAGAACGCGAGAAAGCACUAAUGAAGCGUGAAGAAACACAAAGGGAGAGACAACGAUCAAUACAAGAGCGUGAUCAAAUGCGGAAUGAUAUGAUCGAGACGAGGGAGCAGAUGGCCUUCUUAUUAUCCCUUUUAGGGUUUAUUGGAUUGAUGAUUGAUGAUUUUGGUUUUAGAUUGAUGAUGGUUCUUCAAAUGAUCUACCAUUCCUCCUCACGCCACGAAAUCCCAGCAGAAGAAUACUACGAUUACAUCAUCGUCGGAGGUACCGCCGGCUGUCCACUGGCAGCUACAUUAUCGGAACAAUUCAAGGCUUUACUAGAACGAGGUGGAGUUCCUUACGGAAGACCCAAUUUAAUGAACCAAGAAGGGUUCUUAAUGACCUUAAUCGACGUCGAUUCUCCAUCUUCUCCAGCACAGGCCUUCAUUUCAGAAGACGGAGUAGCUAACGUACGUGGACGUGUUCUUGGUGGAAGUAGCGCCAUUAACGCGUUUCUACAGCCGGCAGACCAAGAAUUCUUUAAGAAAUCCGGUAUCAAUUGGGAUUUCGGUAUGGUUAAUCAAUCGUAUGAAUGGGUUGAGAAUGAAAUCGUUUUCCGACCUGAAUUGAAAAACUGGCAAUCUGCGAUUAGAGAUUCAUUACUUGAAGCUGGUUUUCACCCAUAUAAUGGAUUCAACUUAAAUCAUGUAAUUGGCACUAAGAUUGGUGGUACUACUUUCGACACCGAUGGGCGUCGCCAUAGUGCUGCUGAUCUCCUUUCUUACUCAAAUAGUUCAAAUAUCAAGGUUGCUAUACAUGCAAACGUGGAAAGAAUCAUAAUCUCAUCUUCAUCCAACACUUCUUGGUUGGACCCAAUUGCCACAGGAGUUAUCUACAGAGACGAAAAAGGCGGUUACCAUCGCGCGAUGACUGCGGAAAACGGAGAAGUCAUCCUCUCCGCCGGUGCUCUUGGCACCCCACAAUUACUUCUCUUGAGUGGAAUCGGACCGAGAGCUUACCUUUCUUCAUUAGGGAUUCCGGUGAAUGUACAUCACCAUACGUUGGGAGAAUACAUGUAUGACAACCCACGAAAUGGAAUCUCAAUUGUAUCUCCAUUUCCUUUAGAACAUUCGUUAAUCCAGGUGGUUGAUACAGAUUGCGGCGCGUAUCUAGAAGCAGCAUCGAAUACAAUUCCAUUUUCAUCCCCUGCUAAUUCCAUAAUGAGAUCACAUUUACCUCUUUAUUUCACAAUAGCAACUCUAAUGGAAAAGAUAAUUGGACCAUCUUCAAUUGGGUCAUUACGAUUAGCAUCGGCUAAUGUUAGAACAAACCCAGUCGUUCGAUUCAAUUACUUCAGCGAUCCAAGUGAUCUGGCUAGAUGUAUAAACGGGACGAGAAAGAUUGGUGAGGUGCUUCAGAGCAGGGCAAUGGAGUAUUUCCAAGUUGAAGUUCGUUAUGGGCAGAGAGAAUUUCGGUAUGUAGGUUCUUCUUUGCCGGAUGAUUUGUUUGAUGUGGAAAUGGGGGAAUUCUGUAGAAGAACUGUGAAUACGAUAUGGCAUUAUCAUGGAGGUUGUGUGGUGGGGAAAGUGGUCGAUGUGGUGAAGGUGGUCGGGGUUAAGUCUUUAAGAGUGGUCGAUGGUUCUACUUUUACGGUUUCGCCAGGGACUAACCCUCAGGCAACGCUCAUGAUGAUGGGUCGGUAUGUUGGACUGAACAUUAUGAAGGACAGACAACAUAGUAAGUGUGACCUGUUUGUUGAUUAUCCUAUCCAAUCCAAUCAACAUUCAUCUCAGAUUCUAUAUUUGAGAUUUUCUCUGUUUUUAGUUGUAGUUUUUCUGUGAUAUUUGAACAUUUGAUUUGUUGUUGUAAAUGGCUAUAUAGAGAUAAAGGGUUGUUAAAAGUUGAUUGAGUUGAAAUGAGGGUCAUGAUAUGGUGUCUGUUCAAUAAAAAAACAAAUUUACUCAUAAUAUGAAAAGAGUUGUUACUAUUUAAUUAAUGGAUUACUCUGGUUGUCAAAAAUAAAACUCAUGUUAAACUUACAAGAAAUAAAGCCUUAAUGAUGUAUUUUAAUAACUGCUAACAGGGGUUUGUAGUAUACUAUUAUAACCUAUACAUAACAAA